UUUUGGGAGGGUUCGAGGCGAUUGAAAGGCACUGGGCUGCAACGAAGGAACGACUUGCAAAGAGCAUAUUAUUCGAACUUCCCUUCGAGGGUUGAGAUAGGGGAUAUUCACUACUUGGAUGAGGGACGAGAUUUAAGGGUAUAAACAACAAGCUGAGAGCUUCGCGAACACACACACACACAAAACCGAUCUACGGAUACGAACAAUCCCAGGAGAAACAAGGAACAUACACGAAAUGGGAGGCAAUCCACGAGCAGGUCGACCGCACGUCGUGCGCCCAUCUCCCCUCCAACAAGUAUCCCACACCCGACCACUGAGCUCCGCACCACCGACCAGCGGCCUGGUCCGCGAUCCGUUGUUCUGGAAGAGAUUCAGCGUCGCUGUUCACGCGGCGGAAGUCUGCGACGAAGAGAGCGGGAAGGGAAGUGUUAAGAGCGGGAAUACGGUUGAGAUUAAGGCUGCUGGGUAUGUUCUCCUUUUCCUUGGGGACAUCGAGCAGAAGACAGAUAGAAGAUGAAAGGCUAACAGAAGUAUCACCACAGAGACGACUGGCUAGCCCAACAACGAAGAGAAAAGAGACGCUGUCGGGUCCUGUGCGUGAGCAUCACCAUCAUCAUCUUGGUGCUGAUCGCAGCGGGCGCCUUUUGCGGGUGGUAUUUUACGCAUCAUCAUGUUGUUUUAUGAUGACAGCGCGACGGACGGAUUAUGGCAUGAUAUGGAAAGAAACGAGAACGAGAAUUACGAAAGAAAGAAGAGAGGAUAACGAAUUUUGACGAACGGACGUAUGAAAAUGGGAUAGAGCCGGACAUGCAUGCAUGCAUACAUAGAAAGAGGAGAGAGGGAGAGAAGA